AUGGUAGCACUAUUCCAUAACAUGAUGCAUAAAGAAAUUGAAGUAUAUGUAGAUGAUAUGGUAGCUAAAUCAGUAGAGAAUGAGAGUCAUGUUGGAGUCCUUAGAAAGCUAUUUAUGAGAUUGCAUGAAUAUCAGCUAAGAUUGAAUCCUAACGAAUGCAUCUUUGGAGCUCUUUCUGGGAAGUUAUUGGGAUUCAUUAUGAGUUGUAAAGGGAUAGAAGUAGAUCCAAAUAAAGUGAGGGCAAUUCAAGAAAUGCCAUCUCCCCAAAUAGAGAAAGAAGUUAGAAGUUUCUUGGGACGAUUGAAUUACAUUGCUAGAUUCAUUGCCAAUCUAACAGCUACUUGUAGAGUACUAAAAUGGCAAGUUGUACUAUCUGAAUAUGAUAUAAAGCUUGUGAUGCAAAAGUCAGUUAAAGGUAGUGCGAUAGUAGAUCACUUGGCCGAUAAUCCUUUAAAGGAUGACCAACCAUUAGAUUUUCAAUUUCUUGAUGAAGGCAUAUGCACUAUAGAAGAAGGUUAUGAUGAAGGAAAUGAUAAAGAGAAAGAAUGGGAAAUGUAUUUUGAUGGAGCCACCAAUAUGCAUGGAAAUGGGGUAGGAGCGGUGAUCGUUUCACCAGAAGGAAAACAAUUUCUAGUGGCCAUCAAAUUAGAAUUUGAUUGUACUAACAACAUAGUAGAAUAUGAAGCUUGUGUUAAUGGUCUUCGAGCAGCUAUUACCCUUGGUAUACAGUGUUUGAAGGUAUUUGGUGAUUCAACUCUCAUUAUUCAUCAAGUAAUAGGAGAAUGGAGAAUAAAGGAUGUAAAAUUGUUUCCCUAUCAAGAACUCCUAACAGAUUUGAUUAAGCAAUUUAAGGUUGUUAGCUUUCAUCACUUGACUCGAGAUAAAAACUGUUUCAUUGAUGCUUUAGCCACUUUAACAGAUAUUAAGGACUAUAUCACUAAGAGAUCAUACCUAACUGGAAUGACUGAGAAUGAAAAGAAAACCCUUCAUCAUUUGGCUAUGACAUUCUUUAUCAGUAAAGAUGUUUUAUACAAGAGGGGUUAUGAUGGUACCUUACUUCGCUGUGUGAGUUCGAAAGAAGCAAAGAAAAUCAUGGUUGAGGUACACGAGGGCAUAUGUGGCACGCAUGCGAAUGGUCACACUAUGGCCAAACAGAUUUAA